AUGGCGAUGGCUAAGGCGAGUGAUAAAAGAUACGCUGAGGGGAAGCCCCUGUCUAUGCUCGAUGGUGUCCCCUUUGCUGUGAAGGACGAGUUAACUGUAAAAGGACUUCCGAAUAUGUUCGGCACUGAUCCCAAUAAUCGUUUGCCUGGCGCAGCCAAGGCGGAGAAGAAAAGCGAUCCCGUGGUGCAAGCCCUUCUAGAUGCUGGAGCCAUCCUCCUGGGUACAACAACGAUGCAUGAGUACGGUGUGUCUCCACUAGGCUACAACAGCUGGUAUCAAGGCCCUUUGAAUGCUUUCAAUACCUCCUACUUCACAGGAGGUAGUUCUAGUGGAAGCGCCACGGCUGUUGCUGCUGGCCUGGUACCGUUCGCCAUUGGGUUUGAUGGAGGUGGAUCGAUACGCAUACCUUCCUCAUGGUCCGGUGUUGUCGGCCUGGCGCCCACCUUUGGUCGAGUCAACUUCGAAACGACUGAUACUCCUUUCUUUUCUGUCAUUCAUUGUGGCCCAAUCGCAGCGACCGUCGCGGAUGCAGCUCAUGUCCUACGAGUAAUUGGCAACACUAAGCAUGAAGUGCCCCAUAUCUACGAUCGUCUAUACGGUCCCGAUGGGCGUCCUGCAGUCCAUCUGCAUGCAUUGACCAGCCCAGAGACUAACCACAAGCCUACUGUUGGGAUCUUUCAGGAUUGGGUUCGCCACAGUGAUCCGGGAGUCUACAGUGUAGGUUGUUGA